AUGGACGUCAGGCUAUUCAACGCUCCAAGCGGUUGGAGUAUCUGGUCCCGCAUCAUUCCCACCCGGAUCACAAUUAACAUCCUCAGUGUCGUCGCAGAUAGCAGCCCAGUGGGGCCUCAGUCGCUACUGACACAGCAGCUGCAGGAGAGCUGGCGCAGGUCACAGAGCCGGUAUAUCCCGGAGAAGCUGGUGUUUGAAGUGACUGAUGCCAGUGUGGUGCAGGAGGGGACCUCAAAGUAUGUGCUCUACACCAUCCAUGUGAUCAGGUCGGGCACGUUCGACAAGACCCCGGCGGUCAUCACCCGCCGCUACAGGGACUUCGAGCAGCUGCACCGGCGGCUGCGGCGGCGCUACGGGGGCGAAAUGGAGGGCGUGUCGUUCCCGCGGAAGAAGCUGCGCAGGAACUUCGCGGCGGAGACGAUUGCCAAACGCAGCCGGGCCUUCGAGCAGUACCUGACGCACGUGCACUCCCGCGGGGAGCUACGGCAGGCCCCCGUCUUCCUCGAGUUCUUCUACCUGGGCGACCUGCUGGCCGGCCAGAGCCUGCUGCGCACCGGCCUGUACCAGGAGGCCCUGGGGUCCUUGGUGAACGCCCUGAGGCUGCAGGAGAAGCUGGGGUUCCAGCCGCAGCUGCCGCCACACAAACCUCGACAGCACGGCCACUGGCUUUUCACCCUGUCCGCCCUGGUUGCCUGCUUCCAGGAGCUGGACCAGCUGGAGGAGGCGCAGGAGUACUGCGAGCGGGCGCUGAAGGACCUGGCGCCCUCUCGGGACGCUCUCCAGCAGCAGCAGUUCCACCACCUCCUCAUCCCCCUACUGCAGGCCAACGUCAGGCUCUCGUGGAAGAUCUCCAAGGACAAGCGGCAGUGGGAGGCUCUGCUGCAGGAGCUGAGGAACUCGGGGGUGGACGUGAGUAACCAGCCAAGCCUCAAAGAGUACCUGGUAAAGGAGAGCCUGGAGGACUGCGAGAGAGACGCCAGGCCCAAGGUCAAAGGUGAUGUGGCCUAGGUCAUUUUUAUCAUCUGGACAUAUAAAGGGAGUGAUGUUCUUAGGAUUAUUUUUGUGUAUACAUAUUGCAUAUAUUUAUAAUAUAUAUUUACCUGAACAGAUAGUUUGCACAAAGGAAACUGACCUUAGGUCAUUGUUUUAUGGUUAGACAGGCCUUCAGAUUCAUUUAAGAUUAAAGGUAAGUUGGGAUCUGUCUCUAACAUUCCCGACUUGCUCUCUGCCCAUCAGAAAAAGGGAUUUUUGGCCUUUAAUGAAACAUAAGGGAGGAAAAAUAAGGGAAAACGACUGGGGAAAGAGAACACGGACACAGUAAUGCACUAUUUUAAAAGAUGUUGCUAAUAUAUUCCAAAUCCUGUCAGAUUUCAACUUCCGCCGCUUAGUUUACUAAUGACAGGUGUUUGAUGCCGAGAUAAAGUCCUUUGGGAAAGAUCAUCGUUAGAAGCUCAUGUAAGCAUAAUACUGAAACACAGAAGAAACAUUCAGGCCUAAGGAUUUAAUCAAAUGCUUGAAAUAUUUAUCAAACAAUUCAGAAAGUUCACAUUAUGAAGCAUGACACUUCAUUUGUACAUUUCAGCCCUGUGGCACAGUUGUCUGCAAUUUUCAAUCCUUUACAUUACAAGGUGGGUGGAGCUGAACGGAGGGAGGUCAGUGUUUGGCUGAUCGCUGUAAGUCCGUUGUACCAUGCUGUGAGAUUCCGGAAGGCGGGAUCCUGUUCUGUAGUUGUGUACAUGGCACACAGGGCAGGCAGAGCUGCCCAGAGCUUGUGCAUCACUGAGCGCACUGUAGCCGCUCUGAGUGCAUGCAGCACAGCCCGUCUGUCUGCCACUCCACGCAGCAAGGGAGUGUCCUGGCUCUCUCUGCACUUGUGCGACUGUCCACGCAUCCUUUCUGCCACAUCCACAGGCAUUGCUUUGCUCUGGAAGGAGAGGUCGGAUCAGUGGAGCUUCAGAAGUUCACAUGUAAACCUAGAUCGUUGCUUCUGGAGCAGCACGUAUUGAAAUCAUACCUUCUGUCGCCUCUGUUCUAUAUAACUCCUAGUCGGGGCCUCGGUAUAGUCUUAUUUAUACGGUUUUAAAUCCCUCUUGAAUGACCUCCUUGCUGAAACUGUCAGCUCCAACAGCAGAAUCCAGACUUCUGCAGCUUGCUGUGUUUUUCUUCUUCUUUGCAUUUCCCAUGUUACUUCCUUACUCCAGUCCCUCCAUUUGGCUCCAUAUUGUUCCAGUGUGUGUAUCCGUUUCAAACCCUUGUCCUUACGUAGCGGUCCGCAGCACUGUGCUCGUACCCAUCUUCAGACGUUCUCUCUGCUCUCUCACCGGGGCCCAGAGCCCUUCAGUCUCCACCCUUCUCUGCGUUGGGAGAACUACCUCCAGAAACAGGUCCUGCUCAGUUCAUAAUCGCCAUUCAGUGUCUUCCUGUGAUCUCUGAGCUCUCAUCUACAUUUGUCAGUGUGUCCUGGACUCUCCAGCUGGUGGUUUGAUCUGCUUCUUGCUCACUGCAUUUCCAGCUUAUUUUCGGCCUUAUUGUUUGUUCACUUGUACGUACAUGGCUGUUACUCAUCUAAUGUAAAUGUCUUAUGUAUUGUAAGUUGCCCUGGAUAAAGGCAUUAGCUGCAUAAUUAUUAACAUAAUUUGGUGUGCUCUGAGUUCUACAAUGCCUGCAAAUAAUCUUCAGGUGUUGGCUACAUUUCUUUUUGCAACAGUCUUUCUUUGGUGUUCUGCUAUUUAGAGGGUUAAUACGUAGUUCUGGCAGUUUCCAUGCAUAGCUCUUACCAGCCUCUGGAUGGGCUGCUGUUGACAUAGGUUUGCCAGUUACAGUUUCUUCCUGCUGACAGCGUUGAUCCCACCGAUGUUCUGUAGUACUCAGGUCAGGAGGAGAAGAUGGUGUGUGCCUGCCAUGAACACUUGCUUCAAGUGUGUACAUUUACCUGCCUGAUUGUUUAUCCAUUUCAAAUGAGAAAUUUGAGAAAAGUCUCAGUGGAAUUUUAUUGUAUCAAAGAAGGGAAAUGCAGUAAUUUUUGUUUAGUGCACAGAUUAAGAUUCCGUCUUGGCAGCUGAUGGUUAAGCUAUUACCAAUCCAGAUGACUUACAGAGCAGCAUCAAGGUGCACUAGACUUAGCUCAGGUUUUUGUGCAGACUUACAACUGACAUAUUUCAUACUGAAUAUGGAUUCCAAAGUAUGUUGACACUCUUGUUCUUGUGCACAGUACUGGAUUAAGACAGAUUCAUUUUUAUGCACUAGUGACCAAUAACUUUUCAAGGGAAUACUUUCUGUAAGAAAAAGUGUGAUUGUAUUGACCACUUAGAACGUCCUAAUUUGUAUUGAGUUGUGCUGUUUAUAUGGAGAGAUUAGUAUUUACAGAUGUGGGCACUGUGUUCACUUUGAAUAAUUUACCCAUUUGUACCAGUGGUUUCAGAGACCAUGAUUAAUGCUGAUUUUAGACUACUUAAUGUUAUUUUAGGUGAACAAGUCUUGAAUGGUUUAUUUUGGUUUAUGGGCCCAGUUCUAUGUCUAAAGUAUGUUCAUCAAUUUUUAUUAACAUAGACUUUCAAUAUAGUCAUAUAAAUGCAGGUUUUAUGGCUAUAAUGAAUAUUAUGCUCUAAUUAUUUCCCAAACCUAUGAACUAAGAAAUUAAGGGAUGUAUUUUUUUUUUUGCCUUGCAGCUGUCCUUACAUUUACUGCCUCUCUAUGUAUUUAAUUUGUUAAAGGGAACUAAAAUCUCCAGAUGAGAAGUGUUUUUUUUUAAGACUUAAUCUAAACCUGUUAAAACAUUAUACACACAUAAGUGACACAUUACACACAGAAGCGAAGGGAUUUUCUUAAACACUUAUCCAAGUUUAGAGGAGAUAGUUUAUUGCUUUUUAAAUCCACGUGUUCCUUUUAUCUCCUUGGAUUUGGCACAUGCAACCACUAUGCAGAAAACGGAAGUUAAUGUACUUUGUGGGUAUGCUUUUUGAAUACAUUUAAUGUCACACCCAUCUUAUGCAGUCUUGAUGCACAUGUAAACCACAUCAGGAUACUCUUCGUGGUUUGAAGGUUAUGGGAAUGGAAAUGUUACUCUUAUGGGUUGGCGCUGAGUAUUUUUUUUAAACAUAAUUUGGUCCCCCAACCUUAUGCCAGCCUCUCAUCGAGACAUCAAUCAGAGUCAUUAAAGGUGUUCCAUUUUGUUACUUUAAUAAUUUCAGUUAGUCAUCCAAUUACCCUAAUGUACUGUACACAGAGAACAUAAACAACUCCAGGAAUGUGGCCUUUAUAUCCUUGUGAAUAUCUGCUGUGUACAGGCUAGUUACGUGGAUAAUGUGUACUGUGUUUCUGUGCAUUGCUUUUACAUAUUACGGUAUGUUACACAAAUCAUUUCAAUGUAAUUUCAUUGUUACGCAAACCAAAAAUACAUUUCCAUGAUCACUGAAUAUUAGGAGGUAUAGAUUUGUAAUUGUAGUGUUGAGACAUUGUUUCCUAAGGCUAAAAGCAUUUUAUUGGUGAAUUAUUUUAAUUUCACAGGAGUGAGUACCUGUUUUUGGGCCAAGUUUGCAAGUUAUCUGUGCUUUGCAAGCUACAGUGGCUGUACUGAUCCAAUAUCCCUUUCAUCCGGAAAAAAUGUCCCAAUAACGUACCUUUUUUUAAGGCAGUGUUUCACAGUCCUGGUUCUUGACUUAUGGUUCUUUAGAAGUUAUUUCAUU